UAAAAAAAAUAAAAAAUAAAAACGAGUUGCCAAACAAUCCUAAGUCUACCCCACGACAAUCCGAUAACACAGAAAACAAAUCCGGUCACUCAUUGCAGCCGUGGCCCCUCUCCGUCAUUGUCGGGCGGAGAACAGAAGCCGGUAGCUCCCAAUCGAUCAGAAUACAGCUGGCAACAACGCAUAUUGUACACUAGAGAGCCACAGGAAAGCCACCGGAGGAGAAAAGAAGCCGUUAGCGUUUUUGCAAGAAGAAGAUCAAUUCGACAAACAUGGUAACGACACUUUCGCUUCAAAUUUCUUACAGGGUUCUAUCAUCAAGUAAUAACAAAUCUAGGGUUCACGAGUGCUCGAUAUGUGGAGCUGAAUUCAUGUCCGGUCAAGCCCUAGGGCAUGCCAUUAAUGGAGACUUGAGAGGAGACUCUGUCCCUGAGAGCACCAAUGGUUCGAUUCAGGACUGCAUUGGCCGGCAGAGAAGACGAUCAGUACAUGCGACGAUUCCAUAUGUGUACACCAGAGAGCCUAAACCCAUUUUGCACAGCAAAAAUCUGUAAUUUCGAGAGCUAUAUUUCUCAGUGUAAGGAGACCCAUCUCACUAAAUCAUCCAAGAAGACUACGAAUUGAUGAUUUGAGUGAUAUUGCCAUGGAAAGAUCACGAAUUGAUGUUGAUGAAAGUGCUAACAGUGGUAGUGGCAGAGGCCCCAAAUAGCACCAAUUAUCGUACCAGAAAUUGGUAAUUUGACCAUUCCCAAUUUCUGAUCUGAUAAGAGGUUUCAGCAGAGGUCCAAGAACAUUGGUGAGGUAUGUUGAGUUGCCUGAUGCAUCUGUUCCUUGUAGCAUUUAUUUUGAUCCACUUCAACCAUAGCAGGUUCUUGUUGUUAUGGUAACUGAAUUUUCUUUCUUUCACUUGACUUUUAUUUUUACUAGCCUUGUAACCAAACAAAGGGUAUGGAAAAACCUUUCUACUUGUUUGAGAAUUCGAAAAUAUCUUGAAAGUUGAAACUGCAAACUCUGAUUGAAUGUUGUUUGGUGGUGGAAAUAUCUCAAGGAAUCUGGAGAAGAUUCCAAAAUUUAAACACUUAUCUCCAAGAAGUCAAAUAAUCCAUAGCCCACCAUUGAGUCUGGCCUCUCAAGUUCUGAGUUGUAUCAUUCUGCUUUCUACACCCUCUUAUUGUAAUUUGUUGUGCAUUAAAACGAAGUUGUUUUUAGAAUGCUAUAUCGUUGCUUUGAGAAUGUGAUACAAUUUACUUCAAGAAUGCAACACUCUCUAAUUUGUAAUAGAAGUGUUGCAUAUUCCAAAUAAAGUAUUCUAUUCUUGAAGUAAUAAGUUUGGCCUUUUCAAUUUGUAGGCUCGUGAUUCAUGAAAUAAUAGAUAUUGCAAUCUGGAAAGUCCAAUAAUAAUAUUGCAUUUAAAAAAGACUGGCUUUGAUCUGAACUUGGACCAGACACAAGUUUAAUUCAUUUUAAUAAUAUACUCUUCCUUUUUAUGUGAAAAAUCAAUGGGUCCCACGUGCAUUUCCCAAUCAUUUCCCUCUCAUUGCCUUGUAAUUUACUACUGCCACUGAAAUUCCCUUAUUCUGUCUCAUGGGAUUGUCUAUCAGAAAUUCCUGAAUAUUCACUGACUAGACUUUUCAGGUAAACCACUACACUCCAAUAGUAUUUUCUCAUAAGAGAACCCAAACUCGAACUCGAACUCGAACUCUCAACCUUCGUUUGAGUUGAGGUAUUAAUGGUUUCACCAACUGGACUUGGAUUGUCCUUUUUUCUUUUUUCUUUUUUCUUUUUUCUUUCUUUAUCUUUUAUCUUCCUUUUUUUUUUUUUGCAAGUGAUUCCAAAAGUAUAUGUGGAAUAUGAAUCCUGAAAGUACAAGACCCUUUUCUUAAUGUGUCUAUACAGUGCAUUCACAUAUCAUUGGAGAUAAAGAAAGGACAACCCAUCAGCCGGCCAAAGAAACUUGUGUUUGUCUUUUUUAAAAAAAAUCAUGCUGAAACUUUUUCUUUCCCUUUGUUUUCUAUUUCUUUGACUACUUUUUGCCUUCUUUCUUUUCUUGUUCCUCUUAUCUUGUGUCCUUCCCAGCUGUUUUGUUUAUCAAACCUCGUUCGUUGAUGGUUUAUUAAAGCUCUUUCCUUUUUAAUUCAUCCAUCCAUUGUCUUUAUCUGUUUAAUUUAUUAAAACUCGCUCUCUCUCUCUCUGAUCUUAAACUGCAUAUAUAUUGUAGUUCAUUUCUUUUGUAUAAGAAUUAUCCUAAAGAUUUUGUUAGGCCAUGGCCAUGGCAAAGUCAAUCUUUUACAGUGUAACAGUACUCUGCAUGCUUUUGUGUUUUGGUGUUACUGAAGCAGCUCCUGAAGGUGCUCUGAUUACAAACCUUCCAGGGUUCAGUGGCACUUUCCCUUCAAAGCACUACUCAGGGUUUGUCACCAUAGAUGGGAAUCCUCCAAAGAAUCUAUUCUACUACUUUGUCGCGUCCGAAAGAAGCCCAUCAAAUGAUCCUGUUGUUUUGUGGCUCAAUGGGGGACCAGGUUGCUCUAGCUUUGAUGGGUUUGUUUAUGAACAUGGACCAUUCAAUUUUGAAGCUGGAAAGUCUAAAGGAAGCCUGCCCAUUUUACAUUUGAAUCCAUAUAGCUGGUCUAAGGUUUCCAACAUCAUCUACUUGGACUCCCCUGCUGGUGUUGGCUUUUCUUACUCUGAAAACACCACCAUAUACAAAACUGGGGACUUACAAACAGCCUCAGACACACACAAUUUUCUCCUCAAGUGGUUUGUACAAUACCCGGAGUUCCUUUCCAAUCCAUUUUACAUUGCGGGAGAGUCUUGGGCUGGAGUUUAUGUUCCAACUCUUACUUCUAAUGUAGAUAAAGGAAUCAGAAGUGGUAUGAAGCCCGUUAUUAAUUUCAAGGGUUACAUGAUAGGAAAUGGGGCCUGUGACCAAGAAUUUGAUGACAAUGCUCUUGUCCCAUUUGCACAUGGGAUGAGCCUAAUCUCAGAUGCUAUGUUUGAGGAAGCUCAAUCGGCUUGCAAAGGUAACUACUAUGAUCCCAACGGUGAGAGAUGUUCAAAUAUACUUCAAAAAAUCUACAGUGCAUUGGCUGGUCUAAACAUUUACAACAUCCUUGAGCCUUGCUACCAUGGCAUGCCAAGUGGAAAAGACAAUGAUGUAAAUGGAAGCACAAGCAGCUUACCAUUAAGCUUCAAGCAAUUAGGAAAUAGUACUGAGAGGCCUCUUGGAGUGAGAAAAAGGAUGUUUGGUCGUGCGUGGCCUUUCAGAGCACCAGCAAGAGAUGGCAUUAUGAAAUCGUGGCCUCAGUUAAUGGCAGAAGUCAGUGGUGUUCCAUGCAUGGAUGAUACAAUAGCAACUGUGUGGCUGAACAAUGAUGAAGUUAGGAAAGCAAUUCAUGCAAAUCCAGAAAGUGGACCUUGGAACUUAUGUAAUGACCUCUAUUACAACCAUGAUGCUGGAAGCAUGAUUAAAUACCACAAAAACCUCACCAUUCAGGGUUAUCGUGUGCUUAUAUUCAGUGGAGAUCACGAUAUGUGUGUUCCCCACACUGGGAGUGAAGCAUGGACCAGUUCACUUGGAUAUCAGAUUUUGGAUGAAUGGAGGUCUUGGGAGUCUAAUGAUCAAGUUGCUGGGUACACACAAGGAUAUGCUAACAACCUUAUCUAUCUCACAAUCAAGGGGGCAGGGCACACUGUACCUGAAUAUAAGCCACGGGAGUCAUUGGAUUUCUACAGCCGUUGGUUGGAAGCAAAACCCAUAUGAUAGCGUACAGGGGCCUGUGUGGGUCAAGUGUUGUGCCCUGUGGGAGCCAGACCCCUAUAGAUUUGGUCAACUGCUUUUUGUUGCGAUAGUCCCGUCUACUCACAGGGACUUGUGUGAACCCUCUAUAUGUGGGUAGUCUUAACGGUCGCAGCAAAAAGAAGAAUAAUUCUUUGUCAAAAUUCUCUCUCUUCAAAAUGGGUAAAGAAAUUGUACCCUACACAUUUGUCCAAUCUAUCAAUUGGAUCUAAUUACUGCCUCAUUCCUAUUAGAGUAAUAUUUUUACGGUUAGUCACUUUGAAUUCUUGAAUAAUUUGUAAACUUCGAAUAUAAUAUAUGUAAUUCCCCGUAAUAGGUGUUACUCAUAUAACAUUCAUUUGCUUACUUGGUUUAUUAAUUAUAAUAAAAUGAAACGACGGUGUUUCUUGCUA